GUGUCGGCGGCGGCCUCCCUCAUCCCCUCAGUGUGCUUUCUGCUGUGCUCGGGGACUGUUGCAUGCAGACCAGCCCGCAAUGAGAGUCCUAGACCCGCCACACUGCUAAGGGUUUUGGCCGCCGGCGGUACUUAAAGACGAUACCAUGCGGCAGUUUCAGCGACCUUACCACGUCAAUGAAGAUAGCAGCCGUGGAGGUGGAGGGGAGCGCGGGGUGAGGCGGGGCACGACGUAGAUGGCGAAGGUUGACUGUGGCCGUCUCUGGCCGCCGCCACCAGCACCUCCUCCACCAGCCCCACCUCGCGAUGGACGCCAGACAUGUAGCCGCCCCCCACACCACCACCCCGCCACCCAAACCUCUCGUCUUCGUCAAGAUGGAGGCCCUGGUGAGAGAGAUGCAGGACCCAGAGACCGGGGUCCCCAUUCGCAGUCAGAAGCUCUUCCUUACUUCCAUCCCCUCCGCCUUCAUGGCGUCGCAGUCACUAGUGACGUCUGUAGCCACUCCCCAGUGUGUGCCUCGGAGCGAGCAGACCUCUGUGUUCAAGGGAUACGACCUGAUUGAAUGGUUACUGGAGCGUCUGGAGAUCGAGGACUCAGCGGAGGCCAUCCACCUGGCCAACCUGCUCUGUCAGUACGGCUACUUCUUCCCUGUGGGGGAGUCUCGCUCCCUCAUCGUCAAGGAUGACUCCUCCCUAUACAGGUUCCAGACGCCGUACUACUGGCCCUCUCAGAACCACAGCGCCGACACCACCGACUACGCCAUCUACCUCACCAAACGACUCUCCAGGAACAAGCAGAAACAUGGCCUGGAGGACUACGAGGUGGACGCGUAUAACAAGCUGAAGAAGGCGCUCUCCCACAAGUGGGACUUUAUCUCCAUGCAGGCGGAGGAACAGGUAAAGCUAGCGAAGGACAGGAAGAAGGGUGACAAGAUAGUGACGGACUCCCAGGAGCGGGCCUACUGGCGGGUCUACCGUCCUCCUCCGGGCUUCACCAACUGCCUAGAGACCGCCCCCGUCCCGGACAAAACAAAUAUGGCCAACAGAGUCCGCAAGAAAACGGUCGACGAUCUCAAGAAAGAUAACUUCUUCCUGGCGUCAGCGGUGGACCGGACGCGCCAGAAGGUGUCGCAGGUGGCCGAGAGCCUCCUCACCCACGCUGAGACCUACUUCGAGUACGACCACUUCCUCACCUUUCCCCAACCUUCCAACCCUUGGCUCUCUGACGACCUCACCUACUGGACCCUCAACGACUCUAUACUCAUCAACGACACCAUGGGUCAGACGGAGUUCACAGCCUACCUGAGGAAGGAGUUCAGUCAUGAGAACAUCCGCUUCUGGCAAGCUGUCAAUGAACUGAGGUGGGGCCCGGCCGCCAGCGUCGCUGACAACGUCAGAAACAUCUUCGAGGAGUUCCUGAAGCCCGGGGCGCCUUGUGAGAUCAACAUUGACGGCAAGACGAUGGAACAGACGCAGCUGAUGAUGAUGAAGCAGCCGUCGCGCUACACCUACGACCUGGCCGCCGAGCACGUCUACAUCCUCCUCCUGAAGAAGGACUGCUACCCGCGCUUCCUGCGCUCCGAGCAGUACAAGACGUUGCUGGCUAACGCCGUCCAGCCCUCACAGAAGAAGAGGCCCAACUCUAUGCUGGUGCGCCUCAUGGCUCCAUCACUGAUGCUAGCCCCGGGGCCCGAAGGCCGCGUCGGUUUGCAGAUGUUCUUCAGCUUCGGAGGCGCAGGCAAGAAGAAGGUGUCAACCCCGGCAGCGGCCAACAACAUCGCCGUGGCGCAGACUCCGCAGCCUCUCAAGCGGCACGGCUCAGACGAGCAGGCAGUGGCACUGGCCGGCCUGGCACCCCACGGCAGCACGGGCUCCGUCGGGGACACGGCAGGCACCGCCACGCACCAAGGAGGCCCAUCAGGCUCAAGCAACAAGCUGGACUGCGACCCACCAUACAGUUGCUCAGAGAGGCAGAGCAUAACUGCGGUUGAGGUGAGCCAGAGCGACAGUGUGUGCCCGUGGGACACCACCAGCGAAGCCUCCGCUGCCAACAUCUGCCCCUGGGAGACCUCCGCUCCGCCUCCUACACGCACUCAACAGCCCAUCGUCAAGCCCACACAACAGAGGUUGACUUACUCUAAGGCGCGACCUGACCGCUCCAAGUCAGUCGAUGUAAGUUCUCUCAGCAAGAGACAUGGUUCGGUGUGUGUGGCACCGAGUCUAGUGCCAGUUCUCACAGAGGGCCACCCAACUGCCUCCAUCUGUCCAUGGGAGUCUCAAGAACUGCCAAAUCGCACCACAGAAAAGUCUAAAUCUAUUGAUGUGGAUGUGUGCCCUUGGGAGACAAGUGAACCACCUAAGAAACCUUCGACCAGUUCUGCGCCGGGAAUGAUAACAACGGACACAGUGAACCCUUUGAUAACGCCUUUACAGGUUCACCCGGAGCACUGCGACGCGUCUUAUAAAGUAGCCACGAGCACAGGUCCACCGGUAAUCUCAAGAGACUGGGGAAGUAAAGAUGGCUCGCGUCCGCCUUGUGAAAGAAACAUUUCGAUCCAAAUUUGUCCUUGGGAAGAGGUAGUGGAGGAAGAGUCUGGAGAGAGAGUGAGUGAGAGCACCAGCACGGCAAGUCCUCGUGUGCGGCGGCCCAGUGAGGAGAGCGAGGGCAAAGUAGACCAAGCUAUCAAGCCAAAAGACAAAUAUCUUAGCAUGAAUAUAACCUCCAUCUGUAGUGAAAGUUACACCAAACUUGACAGUGUGGCAAUGCAGACGGUGCUCGACCCCCGCCCUGGCAUCAGCAGCGAGGGAACAUCCUCCCCGUCGUCGACCUGCUCGUCAUCCAGUCAGAGCGACUCUCGCCGCAUCAAGAUAGACUACACCGUGAGGUCGGGCCACCUGCCAGGUCAGUACGGGCUGCCCAUCAUCAGUUCGGCAGCUAGCGUGACCUCCUUGAGUCAGCAGACUCAGCAUGGGCAUGUAGGCACCACCCUCAGCAGCGGGGACACCAGCACCACCAGUAGCAGCAGCAGUACCGGCGGUCACCACCCCAGCGAGUCCCCGCGGGUCACGCUACCUUGUCCCACGGAAGGAGGGAGUAAGCCCGCCUCUCCCAAGGUGGCAAGCAGCUUAGUGGCCCCCUGGGAGGACAACCCGCCACAGAAGAUGACAGACAUAUGCCCUUGGGAGGAUGAGUAA